CUCUGACGCCCUCUACUCGGUCACAGGUGAAACCUGCUGCCCGUUCACGGGCCACGGCUGGGACAGGGUCUACAGUGGUCCUCCGGGGUCCACUCAGCGCACCGCGGGGGUCCUGCCUCGGGGUUGGGGUUCUGUCUCCUGCGAAAGACUAGAGUUAUCAUGAAAUGGAUAUUAAUACGCGUUCCAGACCCUCCUUGUUUGGAGACAUAGCUCACGGUCUGGGAUUCUGGACGGACCGCUCGGCCGUGCACGAGGCCGCGGCCCAGGGUAGGAGCCUCGACCUGCAGCGGCUCAUCCAGGGAGGGGCGCCGGUCAACAUCGUGGCGGUGGACUCCAUUACGCCGCUGCAUGAGGCUUGUAUCCAGGGACAGACGCAGUGCGUCAGGCUGCUUCUGAUCGCCGGCGCACAGGUGGACGCGAGGAACAUCGACAGCAGCACCCCGCUGUGUGACGCGUGUGCUGCCGGGAGCCUGGAGUGUGUGAGGCUGCUGCUGCAGUACGGAGCCACGGUCAACCCGCCGCUGUUCAGCUUCUCCCCGCUCCACGAGGCCUGCAUGGGAGGGAACGCCGACUGCGUUCAGCUCAUGAUCGAUGAAGGGGCCCUCAUGGAAGCCCACGACUGCCACUUCGGGACUCCACUGCAUGUGGCCUGCGCCAGGCAGCAUUAUGACUGCGCAGAGGUGCUCCUCAAAGCAGGGGCGAACGUGAACGCGGCCAAGCUGCACGAGACAGCGCUGCACCACGCAGCCAAGGUCAAGCACCUGGGCCUCAUCGACCUCCUGGUGGAGUUCGGGGGCAACGUUUACGCCACGGACAACCUGGGCAAGAAGCCCAUUUAUUACGCCGGCACAGGCUCUCCUGCUUACCUCUGCCUCGAGUUCUUUGAAAGUACGCCCCUCAGCCUCCAGCAGAUAAGUAGGCUGGCGUUCAGGAGAAAGUACGGCUCCAACACUCUGAAGGUGGUCUCCCAGCUGAACCUCCCCGACCGCAUCCGGGGGUUCCUCUGUUACGAAGCCCCACCCGAGUCCCAGGUUCCUGCGCUCUAGAUUAGAGCGCAGGAACCAUACGGGGGCACAGGGGAUUGUUGACUUGUAAGCUAUAUGAGCAGCUAUUUGAUGAUCCGUUUUUU